UCACUUUCAUUCCUCACUUUUUUUUCCAAAUUCCUACACAUUAUAUUCAUAGCCUUCUAAAAAGUCUAAAAACCUCCUCUUCUUCAUUUCUUUCUUUCUUACAUUUUCCACCACUUUCAAACUGGCGAUACAUAAUCAAGAAACUACUCUCCCUGGGGAUAUCCAACCAAAAAGCAGAAGGAUUAUGGGUGCAGGAGGACUUGUUGAAGAAGAAAAUAAAUGGCCACCAUGGUUGAAGCCUUUAUUGAGUGAAAGUUUCUUUAUUCAAUGCAAAUUACAUGCUUAUUCACAUAAGUCAGAAUGUAAUAUGUAUUGCUUGGAUUGUAUCAAUGGUCCUUUGUGUUCUAUUUGUCUCAAUCACCAUCAGGACCACCGUGCCAUUCAGAUUAGGAGGUCAUCAUAUCAUGAUGUGAUAAGAGUUUCUGAAAUCCAAAAGUUUUUGGACAUAACUUCAGUACAAACAUAUGUAAUCAAUAGUGCAAAAGUUGUGUUUUUGAAUGAAAGGCCACAACCAAGGCCAGGAAAAGGUGUUACAAAUACUUGUGAAGUAUGUGAUCGUAGCCUUCUUGAUUCUUUCAGAUUCUGUUCACUUGGAUGCAAGAUUGUUGGGACAUCAAAGAAUUUUGAAAAGAAAAGGAAGAUUUCGUCGGACAACAAGCAUUUGAUGAUGGCAGUGUCGGAUUCUGAGGAUUCUUACAACAGUGGCAACCAUCUUCGGCGUCGGAUCAACCACAAUAUCACUACAAUUCAUAGCUUUACUCCAUCAACGCCACCUCCAACCGCUGCGAGCUUCAGAACAGCCAAGAGGAGAAAGGGCAUUCCCCAUAGAGCACCAAUGGGAGGACUAAUUAUAGAAUGCUAAUUAAGUCCCUUAGACUUUUACCUAAUUACCCUUUGAUUCCUAUCAAAUGCAUACAUCCACUCACAUUCCCAAACACAAGUGCUCUUUCACCUUCAAAAGCCUGUGUGGGGAACCCCUUCCGUUGUACAAAGAAGCAGCUUAUAGGAUAUAGUUAUGGAACACAAAUUAAACUAUUGGAAUAGAAGGGCACAUUGGGAAAAAACAAAAAUAAUAAGCUUUGAAAAUGUUAAAUAUUUGGUUCAUAGAAUAAGGUUUAGUUUUCAUUGUGAAAAAUGUAAGAAUUAUGCUAUUGUACAUUUAUGAAAUAUAUGAAAAGUGUGGGGCCUAUAAUGGAUAUAAUCAA